UCGAGGGUACCCUGCUGAUUGAUCAUUCACGAGGUUUUGCGUCUUUGAAAUAAACUGUAAAGGUGGAUUUUUUUUUUUUUUUUUGCAUGAAAGGUAAUGGCACUGGUCUUUGACGUAGAUGACCACACAGGGUGGAGCUUUUCGUUGUAUUGGAGCCUUGCAGUUGCUCAGAAGUUAUACAGCUUGUAGGCUAUGAUAUCACUGUAUGCGGACCUAGAGGGGCACCAUGAUUGCGCUAUAAUAAACUCCUUAAUGAAAAAGACACUUUAUUCGCUCCUGCGGAGACCUAUAUUGUGUUGGUGGUACUCAAUAGAGAGUUUAUACGGACCGUGUCGUGCCGCACUUUAUUUUUUUGUCGCCGGUGUCAUGAUAGUCUCAUUGGAUAUCAUGUCCAGUUUAUAGUUACCUACUGAAAUGACCACAUGAUUGCUGUAGUUCUGUUUUUAUAGGGGUAGCCGGUUGGCUACACAAGCACAGAUCUGCGCUAUAGCCUAAUAAAGUGACUCAAGUGCGUCACAUUUUGCUGCGUAAAAACACACACAGGCGAAGUGCGCCUUUCGCUUGAAGUCGGUUUGGCUUUUUUUUGUAAAAAGCUCAGUGAUCGUGUCUACCGAGGUGCGUGGGUCAAGGUAGAAGUGUCUUUUAACCUUGUUGAAGGACAGCUGUAUUUAUUGACGUAUGUAAAUUAAUAUAGGGGAGGUCCUUGGGCGAAAAAACAGACUGAGAAUCAGUUUCACAUUGCAGCUCCGGAGUUCCUGCGUGGAAGGAAAAACGAGACGUGGCGAAAUCUGCUCAGCAAACCAUGCAGGAUGAUUUACUGAUGGACAAAAACAAAGCCCAGCCUCACCAUCAGCAAGAUCCGACGCAAGUAGACCCUCCUCCCUCCACCCCGACCCCGUCAUCGGAACCCCCUUCUUCUUCAUCGGAGUCGGAGAGUCCGUCGACCGGGACCAACCAAGCGGCUUCAGCGCUGAGCAGCAGCAGCAGCAAAGACAAAGUGCCGAUGGAGUCGCCGAUCCUGCCCGGGUUGAGCUUCCACCACCAGCCGCAGGAGACCGGCGGCCCCCUUUCCUCCCCUUCCUCAUCGUUUGGGAGCACUUGGUCCACUGGAACCACGAACGCCGUGGACGAUAGCUUUUUCCAGGGAAUACCUUCGGUGAACGGGACGAUGCUUUUCCAGAACUUCCCCCACCACGUCAACCCCGUGUUUGGGGGCAAUUUUUCGCCGCAGAUCGGCCUGGCUCCCCAGUCCCAGCAGCAAGCCCAGCAGGCGCAGCAGGCGCAGCAGCCGCAGCCGCAGCAGCCCCAGCAGAGGAGAUCCCCCGUCAGCCCCAGCCAAGGCCCCUUCCCCCAGAGAAACGCUUAUCAGACCAUCAUGAAUAACAGCAAAGGGUCGUCGUCCACUUCUUCUGCCUCGUCGUCCGCUUGGAAUAACCACCAAAACGCCGCCUGGAGCACAGCCUCCAAUCCCUGGAGCGGGCUGCAAGCAGGCAGGGACCCGCGGAGAGCUGUGGGCGUCGGGGUAGGGGUCGGCGUUGGGGUCGGUGUCGGGGUGCCGUCUCCUCUGAACCCCAUCUCCCCCAUGAAAAAGCCCUAUACCAGCAACGUUAUAGCACCCCCCAAAUUCCCAAGAGCUGGUCCUCUCACCCCCAAGCCGUGGAUGGAGGAUAGCCCCUUCAGGACGGACAACAGCAACAACAUACUGCCUUUCCAGGACCGGAAUCGGCCCUUUGAUGCAUUUAGCUUGCACUCUUUGGAGAAUUCCUUAAUGGAUAUGAUAAGGACUGACCAUGACAAAGGUAAACCACACCCUGCCGGUGGCCCACCAAUGACUAUCGCUGAUAUUAUAUGGAGGAAUCAUUUUGCAGGACGUAUGGGCCUUAACUUUCAUCAUCCCGGAGCAGACCACAUAAUGCCAUUGAACACCCGGAGCUAUGGCCGCAGAAGAGGUCGUUCCUCCCUCUUUCCCUUUGAAGAUGGUUUCCUCGACGACGGCCACGGCGACCCCUCCCUGACCCCGGGCCUGAACUCGCCAACCCGCUGUCAGAACGGAGAGAGGAUGGAACGCUACUCCAGGAAGGUCUUUGUCGGAGGCCUGCCGCCUGACAUAGACGAAGAUGAAAUCACCAACAGUUUCCGUCGCUAUGGACACCUCGUGGUCGACUGGCCCCACAAAGCCGAGAGCAAGUCCUACUUCCCACCGAAAGGCUACGCCUUCCUGCUGUUCCAGGAGGAAACCUCCGUUCAGGCCCUGAUCGACGCCUGCAUCGAGGAGGACGGCAAGCUCUACCUGUGUGUGUCCAGCCCCACCAUCAAGGACAAACCGGUCCAGAUCCGGCCCUGGAACCUGAGCGACAGUGACUUUGUGAUGGACGGCUCCCAGCCUCUGGACCCCCGCAAGACCAUCUUUGUUGGGGGAGUGCCACGGCCUCUGCGUGCAGUGGAGCUGGCUAUGAUCAUGGACCGGCUGUACGGAGGUGUUUGCUACGCUGGCAUUGACACCGACCCAGAGCUCAAAUACCCAAAGGGAGCGGGUCGCGUGGCCUUCUCCAAUCAGCAGAGCUACAUUGCUGCCAUCAGCGCUCGGUUCGUUCAGCUGCAGCACAAUGACAUUGACAAAAGGGUGGAGGUAAAGCCGUACGUCUUGGACGACCAGAUGUGUGAUGAGUGCCAGGGGGCACGUUGUGGGGGUAAGUUCGCCCCCUUCUUCUGUGCCAACGUCACCUGCCUGCAGUACUACUGUGAGUACUGCUGGGCCAGCAUCCACUCACGGGCUGGCCGCGAGUUUCACAAGCCACUGGUGAAGGAGGGGGGCGACCGCCCUCGACACGUGUCCUUCCGCUGGAGCUGAGGGGGGCAGAGAGUCGGCCCUGCCCCGGUGAACCCGCCCCCGACAGCCCCCAACCCGCCCCCCCGACUCCUGGUACCCUACGACCCGGGACAGCGCUGCGCCCCCUCCCCGAACCCCACCUACUCCACCCCACUCUCCACAACCACCUCGUGAAAAAAGCAAAAAGGAUACCAUCAAAUACACGGGACUUUCUUCUUCAAACCACAUGGCUCUGAACUCAUUGUCUAGUGUUCCCCUCUGGAGAUGCAUAGCGGGGAAGUGAAUCGCGGAAGUCUAUCAGCUUAGAAUUUGCACUUUGGCACAAAAUCUCACGAAACACACACAGGAUGGUAUGUUAGACACCUUGCUAUUUUCAAUCCCCCGUUCUGUUGACUGGGUGGUGUGGUGUGACGUGUUGGACCCCCCCGCCUUGCUGAGACAGAGGUGGCACCAUACAUAUAUUUAAAAAAAAAUAUAUCUAUUUUUUGGUUUUGUAUCUAUCUAUGCGUAUAUAGAUAAUUUAAAUUUUAUGUAAAAGGAGCAUGCACUUAUUUUCAAAACUUGUAGUUAUAUUGCCCCUAGUAAAAAUAAUUACCAAAGGCAAACAAAAUUAACGCAUACAGAAAAGCAAAAUAGGUGGCAUAAGAUGUAGCAAGAUUUAACAUCUAUCCAGUAGUGUGGGCCCUUAACGCCCAGAGUAAAAAAAAAUAACACGGCUAUAUUCGCUCUCAAUUUUGACUCUGAAAAUAUUAAUACCUCAUAAGCGCAAUCAGAUUAUUUUGCUUUCAAUUUCUAGGUCUUUAUUUUUAUAAUAACAUUAUUUUUUAGUGUUAUGUAAAUGUAAUGCUGCAAUAGCUUUGCUGCUAAAUCCAUGGUAUGAACCGAUACCAUAAGUACUUUAUUCAGGCUAGGGUGUAAAAUAAUAUUAAAAAAAAAAGACGAAAUCUAGAGAAGCACCUGGUGUUUUAGGACGACAAGCUAUCGACGGGGGAGGGGGCGCCCCUAGACAAUGAUGGCUACCUUUGUGGGGGUCGGGGUGGGUCGCCCCUAACUGCAUGUUUAUUUCAAUCAGGUUGCUGCAUGCAAUAGACUUUUCAGUAUCAUGUCUACUAUUCAAUUCUGCCCAUGUUUGCACAACACACUAUAGACGUACGUACGACUAGCACGGAACUGGACAGAGGCAGGGAGGACUGGUCAGAGGAAUCCAGCGAGACGCCGCGGCAUCGCUGGGCGGGCUGACAACCCACGCCGCGGGGCAGUCAGAGCAUCAGAGCAGACGGUUUCCACGGAAACCCC